GCGAAUCAAAAACCAAACGAUUUAUCUUUCCUUCCUAAACCCAAAACCCAAGAAUUUCGUGGGCUGCUGAAAAGUUUACAAGUGCCAAGACCCUUUGUUCCUUUAUUCUCCUUCAAUCAACUCUCUUUCUUGCUCCCAAGAGGCCCUUUCAUGGAAGCAUACACUCCCGAAGCGUGAAUCCCCCAAAUGGGAAGGUGCAGUGUUGUCCAGUGCCAUAGUGUUUGUUUGAUGCAGAAGGCUUGAUAUAUUGAGUGCGCAUUCUUGAAAAUACAUGUAAAACAACAUUUAGGCUCUUUUAUCACAAUAUCCUCUGCUGGGGAAAGAUGGCUGGAACUGAAAAAUCCCCAGCAAACCCUACAAAGAAGGCACCUCUGACCCCAAAAGCAAUUAUAAACCGAAAGUUUGGUGACAAGGCCUGCUAUAAAAUCGAGGAAGUGCAAGAUUCAAGUGGAAAUGUAUGCCCAGGCCUAGCUAUCUCUCGGAAGGGACCAUGUCUUUAUCGAUGCACUCUUCAUCUCCCAGAUGCUACUAUUGUCUCUGACACCUUUAAAAGAAAAAAGGACGCUGAACAAUCGGCUGCCGAAAAGGCAAUAGAAAAGCUGGGUAUCUGUCUGGCCGAAUACAAUCCCACAGUAGAGGAAGCGUGGGAUGAUUUGGGAGCUCGUAUUGCUUUUAUGUUUGCAAAUGAGUUCCUUUCGUCUCUCCAUCCACUCAGCAGUCACUUAAGAGCAGUAUUAAGAAGAGAGGGCCUUUUAAAUGGAUAUCUUCCAGUUUCAGUUAUUGCAAUUCAUGAUGCAAAGAUUAGUAACAUAUGCAAGUACAUAACUCCUGCUGCUGAGGUUAAUUCACUGAUUCUGAAGGCAGCUGCUAAAAUGACUAAUUUAUUAUUGAUAUCCGACGAGCAACUUUCACUAAAGAGGAAAAGUCCAUACCCUCCUGAGAUCAUUGCUUCACUGAACCACGAGUCGAGCUUGUCAGAAAGCAUUGCAGUUGAAUGCAUACGAAUUCCAGCUUCACUUGGAGAAGCUGUUCAAGUUUUGAUGCUUAAUAUUGCUUCAACUGGUUAUUAUCUAGAUGUUAUUGCUCGUGAGCUAUGUUUGGCAGAUGCUUCAAAUGUUUUGAUUUCUAGAGUGAUUGGCAAGGCUUCCUCGGAAGUGAGAAUAUAUUCUUCUGCUCCCCCACAGCUUCCCUCUGAUGACCUGGCAGAGCCUAAAGUAUCUCUAAAUGUCAGGGCAACUUACUUUGCAGGCGAAAAAGUGUACGGUGAUGCAAUUUUGGCUUCUGUAGGGUACACUUGGAGAUCUAAUGAUCUUUUCCAUGAAGCUGUGUCCUUGCGUUCGUAUUAUAGGUUGCUUAUCAACAAGAUACCCAGUGGGAUAUACCAAACAUCACGAGACGCAAUACUUGCUGCUAAGCUGCCAUUAACAUACACGACAAAAAGCAAUUGGAGGGGUUCUUUCCCGAGGGACAUACUUUUUGCAUUCUGCCGAGCUCACCAUUUGCCUGAGCCUGUUUUUUCCAGUCAAAACACUUUAUCGAAUUCAUCAUUGGAUUUACCUGGAUCAUGUAAAAAAUUGAAAGUUAGUCAUUCAAGUACUGGGGACUCGGUGGAAUCCAUUGGAGCUUUUAGUUGCGAAGUUAAAAUAUAUUCCAAAAAUCAAAACUUGAUCUUACAAUGCUCGCCGAACGAAUCUCAUAGGAAGCCGAUUGAUGCCAUGCAAAGCACUAGCUUGAAAGUCUUGAACUGGUUCGGCACUUUUAUUGAAUAUCCGGACAUAUCGUUUGAGAAGCUGAAGUUAUUAGCCGAUAAGCUUGACAUUAGCUUUACUUUUGAUUUCUUGUAUGAGGAGUUUGUGUAUUGCCAUACAGUGCAUAAUAACUUUGGAAUUCAAGUUUGCGAUUACAAUUCAGAGUUAGCUGAGCCAUCUUUUAUUGAAAUCGGAGGUGAAAACUCUGGAGUUACUCCAUCAAAUGGCUCUUUGGGUUGCAUAAGUUAUAGUGUUUCAUUGUUUGUCGAAGGAGACUGCACGAGAGAACAUCUCGAAAGCUGUGAAGAGUUUGAGUUUGAGAUCGGCAAUGAAGCAGUUUUGCCUCAUCUUGAAGAAGCAGUUGUACAGAUGGCUGUUGGUCAGUCCGCAUGCUUUCGGGUCGAGCUUUUUCCCACCGAGUUCAUUAUAGCUGCAGCUCGUGAUUCUGUAUCUACCCUUUCAUUGUUAUCAUCAAGAAACUGCAAAUUGGAGUACCGUGUAACUCUUCUGCUAGUAACAGAGCCAAUGGAAGAUCGAAUGGAGCAAGCUCUGUUCAGCCCUCCUCUCUCAAAGCAGCGUGUCGAAUUUGCCGUACAGCAAAUAAAAGAAUCUUCAGCGGCCUCAUUGGUCGAUUUGGGCUGUGGUUCGGGAAGUUUGUUGGAUUCUUUGUUAUCUUAUCCUACUUCUCUCGAGAAAAUUGCCGGUGUCGAUAUUUCAAAGCGAGCUCUCGCAAAAGCAGCCAAAUCACUCCACACUAAGUUGACCAGGUUGGUAGAUUGUAAAGAGCCAAGUUGCAAAAUCCAAUCAGCAGUACUAUACGAUGGUUCCAUCACAAAAAUAGAUUCCCAAUUGUGUGGAUUUGACAUUGCAACUUGCUUGGAGGUAAUCGAGCAUAUGGAGGAAGAGGAUGCAUGCUUAUUUGGCGAUAUAGCCCUCAAAUCUUUCUGCCCGAAAAUUCUAAUCAUCUCCACUCCAAAUUUCGAAUACAACGCGAUUCUCCAUAAAAGUACCACUCCUCAAGGUGAAGAGGAAAACCCGAACGAAAAAAAUCAGGCAGAGAGCUUUAAAUUCAGAAAUCUCGACCAUAAGUUCGAAUGGACGAGGGCUCAGUUUGAGCACUGGGCAUCUGACCUGGCAACGAGGCACAAUUACAGUGUCAAGUUCAGUGGAGUUGGUGGUGAUGGCGAAGUUGAUCCUGGUUUUGCUUCACAAAUCGCGAUUUUCAGAAGGUCUGCAGAUGAUGACGUGGCGAAAAUCGAGGUAGCAGCAGAUAACUGUGUGCCCAUCUGGAAAUGGAGUAGGGAGGAAGAGGAUUUGGUCUCCAAUGAAGUUUAGGCCUUUUUUAGUGUGUGUGUGUGUUAGUUGUUUUGUGUUGUCAAAUAUAUAUAUAAUUAUGUCUUCUGAAUAUAGUCCCCUUUUGUUGGAGACUUGUGCCUAUUUUGUUCAUUUCACAAAAAUUAUUGGAGUUUUGGUAAAUUGGUGGUGUUGAAUGAUAUUGAAUUUAAGUUCGACUCAGAUUACAAUAACUCAUACACUCCUUUGUGUGUUAUUUUGCUUCAUUAGUUUACUACAUUUUAG